GAAACCGCCUCCCACCGCAGACCCCAUCGCCGCUUCCCUUUCCACGUCCAUCUCGAUCUAGCCCCAAUCGCCCUGUCACGGUCGCCCAUUCUGGCAGCCUCGACCCGUCCAUGACACCCCAAUAGGCCGCGCGAGAGCCUGAGCAGCUCCCUCCUCCUCCCUCUUCCCUCCUCCCUCGUCCCUGCUACCUCCUAGCCCAGACACCGUCGCCCUCUCCGCGCUCUUGUCUCUCUUCGCUUCCACCAUGGCGCACCCAUACCAGACCCAGUAUGCCCAGCAGAUGAGCAGCCUGCCACCGGUGCAGACACAACAGCAACCCCAGCGCACCUACUCCCCCUCCCCGUACCAGCAUUCGCCAGGUGCUAUGUCGCCAAAUAUGGGCGGUAUGCCGCCAAACAAGCGACAGCGCCUCUCCCCAAAUCCGCCUUCGCCGUACCCUUCACCGUAUCCCCAGUCGCCUUAUGCUACCUCCCCGCCCCCCGGCCAAUACUUGUCCCACCCCGGAACCCCCGCCCAUGUCCAGCCUCAGCAGUCCUUCCACCAACCUCAGCCUUACCAGCAGGCGAAUAACAUGGAUCCAAGACCCAUUCACGGCUCUAUGCCGCCGCCAAGGGUCCCCUACAGCAAGUCACAGGAUACUGCAGAGCUGGAGAAGGCGAACCCGCGGGACAUGGACGUCAAUAAUAUCAGUGACGUCCUGACCGGGUCUGGUAUCGAUCUCCGCGCCGAGGAGGAAAAUCUGCUUGGUCACCGGUCAUACGGGAACUCGUUCAAUUCGCAGACUUCCUCCACGAUUUCGCCGCAUGGGAGUUUCAACCAGUGGUCACAACAGGCAGCGGGUCAUGGCGCGUUCCAAGGAACAGGACCAUUGAGCCAGCCCGUGUCACAGGAGGAGCAGGAAGCAGAACUUAGGCAGAAGCACGAACGCGCUGCUAGGGCGCUCGCCGAACAAACCCAGUCGCCCCUUAAUGACCCUUUCCUCCAAGCAAAUGUCGUCCGCCGGAAGGUUGCUGACAGGGCAUACGAACACGGUAUCAGCGUCAAUCUGGAAGGUCUCUUCGACAAAAUUCCGCAAGCUCCGCAAAACGUGACGAGAACCACAAUGCAAGGCGCAAACGGAGAAUCUAUUACAAGGCUGGAGGCUGACAGCCUUCUGAACAGAGAGGCCAGCUUUGUUGAAGUUCUCACGCUGCUUACACUGGCUGCUGAGGAGCGCAUACGGACCGUCUUAGAAGACGCAACUGCCUUGAGCAGAGGCCGCCAGAGCACCUCUCAUGGUGUCGUACCUCCUAACCUAGUCGAGAUUGCCGCCACAAAUGGAGAUGUCAAGCCGACUACUGCAGUCCCAAACAAUCUAUCCAAGACUACGUGGGAGGCUCCAGAUAGUGCCGUCAGCCCUAUGACUGUCCUGAAGCACCCGAAUACAGCCCGAUUACCCACCCCACCGACUGACGCGCCCCCGACACCGCUGCCUACGGUUGCUUUCACCAAUCACGUCGCAGCCGGGCUAAAGCGGAGAGCAGCCGAAGACAGAAAGUUCGAAGAAGAGCGGAUUGCCAGGCGGCAAAAACGUCUACGGGCAUCCACCUCGACACCCGCAGAGGCGGCACCACCACCGACCCUCACCAUCCCCGAAAAGAUGACCAAGAAGGAACGAGAUCGCAUAGCCAAGAUCGGCCAAACAGAAGAAGUGCUCCAUCGCAAAGCCAAUGAAACCGCCAGCAUGGCUCUCGGAUUUGGCAAAAAGAAAUAUUCCUGGAUGACAGGCGGAGGAGGCGGAGGGGGAGGAGGCGGGCUUGGCUCCGGCACUUCAACACCCCGUCUCAACACCUCUGUUGGCGGCGCAAGUGGCACAGCUACCCCGGCUCCGCAACCGCAAGGCAUUGAUCGCGGUCUUAUUGCAAGGAAACGCACUUUUGGAGAUGCGUUUGAGCAGGGACCGAUCGGGAAAGGCAUCCAGAUGCGCGAUGUCAUACACGUGCUCGAGCUUGAUGGAAAGGAGAAGAAGACGCUCGUGCAGAUCAAGGCGAGGUUGAAGAACACGGAGAAUGAAAAUGAGCCCAGCAGGGAUAGGAGUCGGCCUUCGAUAUCGGCGGGGCCGCGUUGAAGAGCUAAGUUUCCCCAAACCUGCACCCUACAUCAUUGAAGAAGGUGGUGGAGUUGUUGGUUCCACAUUUAGGUUUUUCACAAACUUUCAACCCCAUCCCCAUACCCAUACCCAUACCCACAAGCUGAGAGUGCAGGCGGGCUUCAUUCAACCCGACCUCCCAAGCACGUCUUUGUGGGUUUUCUUGUACUUUUUUUUCCCUUUCCUUCUUCUAUCACCUUUACAUCAGCGGCGGCGUUCUUCACGGCGUGCGUAGGUGCUGGAAAUUGCAUCUUAACCAUCUGAUUCAUCCGGGAUUUUUCUAUGGGAGGAAUGGAUCUUUUUCUGGACUUUUGUGUUAAAAGAAAAUGACGAUGGAUUUAAACAGGGAUCGGUGAUGCUGUAGCUGAUAAUCGCUUUGAUGGAACAGAGUGGCAGAAGUAACUACUGGUUUCUUCGAAUAGGGGAACAGUUAGAUUGAGGAGGGAAGGAUGAAAG